AUGAAGGCAAACCAAACAUGUGAUUUAUUACUUAUGAGUUGGAAUAUUUUAGCACCUUGCUGGGUUGAGAAAGAAUGGUAUCCAUCUGUAUAUGAUUUAGCUGCUGAUCAUCAUACGCGAAUCAAAGUCAUUGCAUCAAAUAUUUCUGCGUGGAAUUGUAAUGUCAUUAUGAUUCAAGAAGCUCAAGAAAAUAUGAUACCUCUCUUUCAAGAAAAAUUAGGCGAUAGAUAUAUAUCUGAAUUCGCACCCAAUAAUCCAAGUUCAACGUCAUUAGCUAACGGACUUCUUACAUUGAUUCAUAAAGAUUGGAGAUAUGCCGGAGAAGCCCGGAUAAUUAAUGGUAUUCUUGAUUCGAAACAAGGCGAUGCUAUUCAAAUCAUUUUUAUUCCUUCGAAAAAUAUUCAUUUAGUUAAUUUACACCUAGAUUAUAUUUGUCCAUUGCCACAAGCAAAAAUGGUUAAAAGUAAAUGCAAUGAAUUGUUAGGUACUUCAAGUUCUAUGUCCAUUAUGGCUGGAGAUUUAAAUGCGGACAAAAUUGUUUAUGAUCAGUUUGAAUGGAUUGAAUUCAAAAAUGUCUUCAAUGAAUCAAAUGAAGAUAAGAUUAUUCCUUCAUAUUAUACUGAUCGAUACGAUGAUGAGUCGGAUAUUUCUAUUGAUCAUAUUUUUUAUGAUCCAAAUCAAGUUGCUUUGAUUGAACAAGGCAAAGCAUGGAAUACUCAAGAUCGAUCGCUCGAAGAUGCUCUAAGAAUUUUUGGAAGUGAUCACAUUUAUGUUUGGGCGAGCUUCAAUUUUAUGCAACAUUAA